GGAAGCCAAACCUGGUCCUCUUUUUGGAGCAAGAGAAGGAGCUCUGGGAUAUGAAGAGAAAGAAGAGAGUAGCCUUCCACCCAGGUCUUGCUGUCUGUAGUCUGGAUCUGGUCAACUUCUUUGGAAAAGUAAAGAACCCAGCACAUGAAGAGAAAGGAGACAGUAGCCACACACCCAGCUGUGAUUUCUCCAUGAAUCUCUUCUGACAAAGAAAUCUAGAGGACAAGGUGAAAGAAGAAGAAAUGGCCAGUUCUCAGGGACUGCUGACAUUCAGGGAUGUGGCCAUCGAAUUCUCCCAGGAGGAGUGGGGAUGCCUGAACCACACUCAGCGGGAAUUGUACAGGGAUGUGAUGUUAGAGAACUACGGACACCUCCUCUUCCUGGGUCUUAUUGUGUGGAAGCCAGACCUGGUCAUCUUUUUGGAGCAAGAGAAGCAGCUCUGGGAUGUGAAGAGAAAGGAGACAGUAGCCUUUUAUCCAGGUAGGUGGGAAUGA